AUGGAGGAGGAUAGACUUUCGAAACUACCUGAUGAAGUCAUCCUACACAUUGUGUCGUUUCUACCCACUAAGGAUGUCUUUCGGACAUGCCUCCUAUCAAAGCAGUGGAAACUCAUGUGGUACUCUGUCCCUCUCUCUUUCUCUGAUGCUGAGGAGGAGGAGGACAUAGAAAAGUUGUACAAGUAUGUUGACAAUUAUUUGAAACACCGCAAGACAAGUAAGAAUUUUAUGGUCGAUUCAACCAUAACUAGCUUUAAGCUUCAGAUGAUGAGUUGCUAUCAAAUAUACAAAGAUACUUGCAUAGAUAAAUGGUUAGCUUUUGCAGUUGAGAGUAAAGUUAAGGAAAUAAGUGUUUGCUUGAACAACUGUCGUCUUCGUAAUAGGUUAUAUGGUCAUUAUACAUACUACGUUCGUUACCGCUUACCAAAAUCAAUAGUCAACGCAAGAGAUUUGACUAUUUUGAAGUUGAAUGGGUUAGCUUUGGAUAUUUCUUGUUCAAUGGGAUUUCCUGCACUGAAAACAUUGUCGUUGAAAGAUGUAAGCAAUGCAAAUCAUAAUAAGGAUGAUCAUACACUAUUUAAGCUUUUGUCUAGGUGCUCAUCCCUUGAGAAAUUGUGUCUAAGAUCAUGUUCUAACUUAAAUCUUGGUGUGCUCUGUUCACAAAGUCUCAAGUGUCUGAAAAUUAGAAAUGUUGAUCUAUUAUCUUUUGAAGUUGAAGCCACAAAUCUUGAAACUUUGAUAGUAGAUUGGCUAAUCUUUAAAAAUUCCUUUUCUGCAUGCAAGACAAUCAGAAAUCUGACACUAUGUUUUAGUUGUUGUGAUGAAGACUCGUCAUCAUCAAUAAAGUAUCAGAUUCUUUCACUCCUCGAGAAUUGGACUUUGAAGCAAUUAUCUCUAAAAACUCCUGCUGCACUAGUAAAGUUGGGGCUGCCAGUAAGAGAAUCAGACUUGAAAGAUGUGGAUUUCUCUUUCUUUAGAAACAUUAUUUAUUGA